AUGAAUUCAGCUGAAUUAUUUGAUGUUGAAGACAAUGAUGAAGUUAUUAAAAAUAUCAUGAAAGUAGAAACAGACAAAGAAGAUGAAGUCCUAGAUUGUUCUGUGAUCUCAAGAUCUUCUGAAAAAAACUCACUCGAUGGUCUAGUGUCCUGUGUACAAGACACAAACAAACGAAAACGGACUUCAUUUGGUUGUGAUGGUUCAGUAAGUCACCAAGAAAUUUUAACAAGUGUGAAAAAAAGAGGCCUUACACAAGAGGGCCUUCUUUCAAGCUUGAAGAAUAGAGAUGGGUCACCUACUCAGGAAGAUGUUGAGCAGCCAAAUAAAAAUAAUACUCCCAAUGUAACAUGGCUUUGCGAAGAAGCCACCUUGAACAACACAAUCAUGCCAUCAUAUAAAAAACCUCUCUAUGGGAUCUCUCACAAAAUUUCAGAGAAGAAGAAUUUGCCAGGAACAGAACAGUUCAUUUCCUACGAUUUGUUGGAAAAGAUUAAUCCUAGCAGUCCUUCCAAUCUUCGAACUUUGAAUGAGCAACGAAAAAGAGAGAGUAGUUCUAUUAUAGCUGCUCCAUCAGAGCCUGAUCCAAACAUAUAUUCCUUGAUACAAAAAAUGUUCUAUACACUGAAUACCUUAAAUUCCAACAUGACUCAGCUUCACAGCAAAGUAGACUUGUUAUCACUAGAAGUUGGUAGAAUUAAAAAGCAUGUCAGCCCCACAGACACUGUAGCAGAAUUCAGGCCUCCUCCUGAGUAUCAGCUGACUGCCUCAGAACUCAAGCAGAUCAUGGAUCAGAGUUCAUCUGGUGGAGAUUUGGCUUGCCGCUUACUAGUGCAGCUUUUCCCAGAGCUCUUCAGUGAGGAUGAGUUAAAUAGGACCUGUAGUACUUGUGGAUAUCUUAACAAAAAGAAACUUGAGUCACUACAUCUGCAGCUUAUCCAAAAUUAUGUGGAAGUUUGUUACCCUUCUGUGAAGAAUCCUGCUGUUUGGCAGGCAGAGUGUUUGCCUCAGGUCAAUGACUUUUUCAACAGUUUCUGGGCUCAAAAAGACAUGGAAAAUAGCCAGUCCUCCAGUUUUUAUGAUACUGAUCAGGUCAUUGAUGGCAAGGAUGAGGAGGAUACUCUUCCUAUGGAGCGGAGUAGUUCCAUUGCCUCAGACUGGGUUUUUGAUGCUCAGGACCUAAACGGAUUUUUAGAUGAAGCUUCCUCUCCUGGAGAAUUCUGUGUAUUUUUGUUACACAGAUUGUUCCCUGAACUCUUUGAUCACAGGAAGUUGGCUGAGAGGUACAGUUGUUAUGGAGAAUGUGGGAAACAAGAGCUUGACCCUCAACGACUCCAAGUAAUCCGCAGGUACACUGAAAUUUACUUUCCUUCUAUGCAGGAGAGGAAGGCCUGGUUACAGCAUUGUGUUCAACGAAUAAAUGAUGAACUUGAAAGCAUGUAUAUGGAUGACAGCGAGAGUGAACAGAUGAGAGAUGGUUGCUACGAUUCUUACAGCUUGCCUGAUGAUGUAUCUGUUAUAAAAGUGGAAGAUAAUUUUGAGUAUGAAAGGCCAGGUAGAAGAUCAAAAAAGAUUUGGCUUGUGCCUAUAGACUUUGAUAAGCUUGAGAUCCCUGUCCCUGAUUUUGAUGUUUCUGUCCCAGACUAUCUGUUAAGCAAAGAACAGCUUAAGAAUAUAUAUGAAAGUAGCUUGUCUAUUGGCAAUUUUGCUUCUCGAUUACUUGUUCAUUUAUUCCCUGAAUUGUUUACUCAUGAAAACCUAAGGAAACAAUAUAAUUGUAGUGGAUCUCUGGGCAAGAAACAGCUUGACCCCAUUAGGAUUAAAUUAAUUCGACACUAUGUGCAAAUGUUGUACCCAAGAGCUAAAAAUGACAGAGUGUGGACAUUGGAAUUUGUUGGGAAGCUUGAUGAGAGAUGUCGUCGCAGAGAUACGGAACAGAGACGCUCAUACCAAUUGCAGCGAAAAGUUCACAUGCCAGGACCUGAAAGGAGAGAAUUUCUGACCUAUGCAAUAAACCCUGAAAGAUUUAAAGAAGAAUUUGAAGGACCGCCAUUGCCUCCAGAAAGAAGCAACAAAGAUUUUUGCAAGAUACCACUUGAGGAACUUGUUGUUCCUCCUCCAGACUUUCCUGUGCCUUCACUAUAUUUGCUGUCUGAUAAAGAAGUAAGGGAGAUAGUACAGCAGAGCCUUUCAGUUGGUAAUUUUGCUGCCAGACUUCUAGUAAGGCUUUUUCCAGAGCUUUUUACUUCAGAUAAUCUCAGAUUGCAAUACAACCAUUCAGGGGCUUGUAAUAAAAAGCAGCUUGAUCCAGUCAGGCUGAGACUAAUCCGUCAUUACGUUGAAGCUGUUUAUCCUGUUGAGAAGAUGGAUGAAGUGUGGCAUUAUGAAUGUAUACCAAGUAUUGAUGAAAGAUGCAGACGCCCCAAUAGAAAAAAGUGUGACAUACUGAAAAAAGCCAAGAAAGCAAAAAGUAACGGGAUUGUUAAAGUUUCCAAAGAUGUUGACCACUAACUUUUUAAAACAAAUACUUUGUUUGUAAUUGAGAGGUCAACCUUUUGUUUUCUAUCCAACACUUAUCAGUACAUUCACUUUACACUAGGGCAAUUGACAACUAAGAUUGUCACAUAUAUGGGAACGGGCAAUGCAAUAGCUUGGGUUGGGGUAAAGGAAGUAAGGUACAAUCCUGUGGAAAUGUCUGCUAAAAUCCUGUCUAAAUGAAUAGAUACUGUGUGAGAACACCUUGUGUUCAUUUCAGUAGGCCUUUUUUAGGGCUAGGUACAGUACCUUUAUGUACGUCCUACAUUGAACACAGAAAAAAAUCUGAAUUAUUAAAUGAACACAUCAGUUAAAAAUAAUUUUCAUCAGAGGAAAGCUCUUAAUCAUAGCUGUAAUCCCACUUUUAAAUUUUGUAAUUGAUUUUAACAAAUCUUGUGUUCUUUGGCACAGUUUUCAGUACAUUUAAUCAGUUAUUUAGAAAUUAUUUUUUUCUAGAAAUUCAAACUUGUAGUCUUUUAACUACCAUAAUUUGGAAAAAAAGUUGAUCUUUCAGAGAGUUUCUGUGAUAAUUAUGACUUUCUUAUAUUUGUUUGAACAGUGGGAGUGAAAAUAUUACAAAAUCAAUGAACAGAAGAGUUAUAAUUUUGUCAGUUUUCCAUGUUAUAGUUCAAUUAUUGUAAAAAUUAAGACUGUGAUCAUGGACUUAUUUAACGUGUUUAUGUUAAAAUUCUAGUACUGAUACUUCAGUUUUUAUUCAUAAGUUAUUUCAUUGUCUCAAUGUGACCUCUUGCUAUAAGUACUACUGAUAUGAGUGGAGAUUGUGAAACAGAAUCCUGCCUUGUAUCAGUAGAGCUAUGGUGCUAUUACCUGUAACUUUCACUACUUAUAAAAAUACUUGAAUCAAGGAAUGUAGAAAAACAUUUAACCCCAUACUCUUUUUUUUUUUUUUUUGGUAAAAUGACUGCAGCCUUUCAAAGGUUUAAAAUAUUAAAUAUGACAUAUAUCUAUAUUUGAUUCUUUGGAAUUAUAUAUCGAGAGUCUAGUGCAUCAUAUGUACUUUUAUAUUUAUUUCUGUGAAUACAGUCCAUCCCAAAUGAUUUCAUUAUCAUGGAAAACAAUAGUUAUUUCUUUAAUCAUUGUAACUCAUAAUUGACUAGGAAUAGGUAA